GAGAGAUGGCCUCUGAGUUUGCCGUGUCUGAAGUCUUCCACCAAAGGAAACCGCAUUCAAGAAUCAGCCAACUAGCUGUACCUUUGCAAAACUCUGAACAGUUACGAGAUCAUGAUGAGGCUUACAGUGAAGCUCAGGCUCUACUAGGUGACUGGUUAAACAGUAAGCUACGGAUGGAGCUGGAGGUUGAUGAUGAUGAUGACCCACCGUUUUCAGAUGAAAAGACACACUCUUCACCUCCAGCUAACCAGUCUUCCUGCCCCACCUACAACAAUUUUGAUGAUCUCUAUAACUGCCUGGUUGAAGAAGAAGAACAAACUUCUGUUAACAGCAUCCUACAAGAUCUAAUGAAACGAGAGGUGCUGAACUCUGGCAUGGUAGAGGAAAUGGCACUGGAUGAUCAAAUUACACAGAAGAAGUUCAAAGACCCGACCGUCACCAUGGAGGCACGCCAUCAGCAAGUGCGGGAGAACAGGGCUCGACGGGAGGCUGAGAGACAGAGGCAGCACAGGCAGAGGCAGGAUCAGAAGGAUGCCAGAAAGGAGGCAAAGAGGAGAGAGCAAGAGAAGGAAAUGAGGAAGAAGCAGAAGGAGCGUAAGGAGGAGGAGAUGGUGCAGCAGGAGAUGGUGAGACUGAGACGCCAGAUACAGGAGAGGAGAGAGCAGGAAAGGCUACUUCGAGAGAGAAAAAGAGCCGAAUUGCAGAUGGCAGCCAAAGACGUCCAGUCCAUCCCAACACUUCCCACAAAGCAGCGCCGGGACCCUGAGCGACUCCAUCAAGAACAGAAGAUUCAAACAAAGAUUCACAUGAGUAACCUCAAGUGUCUGCAGAGGCAUUUUUCUGGAUGGUUUUCAGUGGUGUUGGACCGAAAGUUACGUAUGGAUAAGGCCAUGGUCUUCUCUGACUGGAGGAUGCAGCUUAGAGCAUGGCGAGCGUGGCGAGUAGUAGUUUGGACAGAGAAAAGGCAGCAAGAGGUGGCAAGAACAGAGGAGGCAUUACGAAUGGAAAAAAGACAAAUGCAGCUGGCUGUGGAAAGUGACCGAAGGCGCUUGUUACGGCGAUGCCUGAAUGAGUGGCUGCUGUGGUGUCAGAAGGAGAAACUCCUGGCCCAGCGGCAGAAGACUAAACGCGAGAUGGCUGCAUUCCUCGGUGCUGUAUCUACAGGCACUUUCAAGACCACAGAAACUUCUUCUUUUCAGUCAGACAUUCCCCCACCCAAGCCCCUAUACGAGUCUGAAACCAAAAAAAAGAAGGAUCACCAUAUGUCAGACAUUUUACCCCGUGACAACUCUGCAGUGAAUCAGGGCAAGACUUCAUUGGGUAAUGUUUCCCAGUCCUUUGAGCCAUGGCAGGUGACCCGGCAUCACACAGCACUCACAGCUCCAGAGCUCCACAAGGCACGACAGAGAAUUGAGGAUGAUGUCCUCACCAGUUCAAAAACAAAAGUGUCAACAGGCAGCAGGUUUGAAAACAGACACAUUGGCCAGCAGCAGAUCAUCACACAGCAGAGGAAGCUGCUGAAGGAGCAACAGGAGCAAAUUGCCCAACUGAAGGAAAAGGAGAAGAUGUUGGCUUUGGAGAAAGAAUUGGAGACAACUGCACAGCUUAGCCGGCCAUCAGUGCAGAGAGCACCCAGGGUUACUGGAGAACCUGACAGUCAGAGUGCACCUUCAAGGAAAACUGUCACUCAGCAGACAUGUCGCCAUCCUAUUGUCACAGCCAUGGAGGCCCGUGCACAGCAGCGCGCAGAGCGAAGGAAGCAGAUUGAAGAACUAAAGAGAAAAAAAGAAGAGGAAAAGUUGGCUGAAAAGAAAGCUGCAGCGGAGCAAAGGCAGAGGGAGGAAGAGGAGGAAAAACACAAAGCAGCAGAAAAACGGAGGGAGGAGAAGAGGCUGGAACGGGAGAGGGAGGAGGAAAAACAGAGGGAGUUGAAAAGACAACAGCAGCUCACAAUAGUGGCCCGUCAACACUACCAUAAAACCUUGCUGUCACGGUGGGGCCUGGCACCAUGGAAAUGCCUCAUUCAGAUCAGACAAGCCAGGUUGGAGCUUGCUGAACAUCAUCACUCUCUCUUCAUCCUGAGGCGCUGCACUCUACAAUGGAAGCAAUCAGCAACAGAGUCCUUGCUUGAGAAAGAGGCUCGUGCUGACCGCCUGUACCAGCACAUUUUGGUUCAAAGAAGCUUAACCUGCUGGAAGAAACUGAGAGACAUGCAGAUGAUUCUGGAGGAGCGAGCUGAGCGUUUUUACCGCAAACGCACUCUCAGAAGGUUUCUGCUCGCGCUGCUGGACUACGUGACCCAGGAGAGGCUGCUGGAAUGGGACCAUGAGGAGCUGGCUCAAGAGCACAAUAACAGACGGGUGGUGCGGCAAUGUUUUCUGGCCUGGAGGCAGCUUCCACGUGUAAUGCGUAGGGAAAGGGAGAGGGACGAGCGGCGGAAGAAGCUGAGCCGUAAAGUGGCAGAGGUUCUGCCUGAUUUUUCGCUCUGACCUAUUUUAAACCCUCUGGAAGAAAUCGUCAGUGAAGAUGAUAAACUAACAUCUCAGCAUCACACCAGAAAGAGGAAGAGACAAAUACAUUUGCUAAUUUUUCCUUGUCAUUUAAUUAAAAAUAUUUUAAAUCCAACACAUACAAUACCACAGGCACACAUCUUGACUUACAGUUAUAAAGGUACAAGAAGAAAAAAAAAGGUCUUUAAUUGAACUAGAAACUAAAAAAAGAAAUGACAGAUAUGUGCUUUGAAGUGUACUUCAUUUGAGGUGUGUCAUUUGCUUUUUUCAUUU